UAGCACUCUCCAGCCCGGGUUGCAAUGGCAACUGACUGGAUGGAACAACAACUUUUGUAAUUUAUUUAAAGGAAGUUUCAAUUAAGGAGAUUUUACACUAACCUUGCGGAAAUUAUUUCUAAUGUGAGAGACAAAGUUAUAAAAAUUUCGGUCUGAAAAUGUCCCAGGGAUGUAGAAUUUCUGUGGAAGAGAUCCAGUCUUGGUGGGAAGUCCCCGCCAUAGCCCACUUCUGUUCGCUGUUCAGGACUGCAUUCAACCUACCAGACUUUGAAAUUGAGGAGAUAGAAGAGGCGCUACAGAAGCAGGACAUAGACUUUCUGUCUGACCUCCUCAUCUCACUGCUGCAAGGAUGCUACCAGCGCACAGACAUCACUCCCCAGGCGUUCAGCGGUUAUCUGGACGACAUCAUCAACUACCGCUGGGAGCUGGAGGAGGGGAAGCCCAACCCCCUGCGCCAGGGGCCCUUUGAGGAGCUGACCCCGCGCACACAGGUGGAGCUGCUGCACAGGCUGUGUGACUACCGCCUGGACGCCGCAGACGUCUUCGACCUGCUCAAGGGCCUGGAUGCGGACAGCUUGCGCGUGGAGCCGCUGGGGCAAGAUGGGAGCGGUGCCCUCUACUGGUACUUCUAUGGUACCCGCAUGUACAAAGAGGAGCCGGUCAAAAGGAAAGCAGAGCAGCUCGGUGAAGCCCCUGAGAUCAAACCAGCAGAGAAGAGGAAAAGGGGAAGACCACCAAAGAAGAUGAAAGUGGAGGAGACCCAGCUAAGUGAGGUGGAGAACGAAGUGAAGGAGAAUGGACUGGAAGCUCUGCACUCAGGCACAGACCGGGAGCGCGGUGCCUGGUCCCUGGUGUGUGACACGGAGGAGCAGUGGGCCAGUCUGGCCGAGAGCAUCAAAGACAAAAUGUCCCCCCAGGACCGCCACCUAUAUCGCAUCAUCAGCCAGAACUUCCUCCCUGAGAUCAGCAGCAUGAUCGAGCACAAGGAGAAUGAGCGGAAGCAGAGGCUGAUGGACCCCACGCUAGUACGCAGCUCUUACCGGCUCUCUGAGAAACGCAUGAGCCAAGAGGAGGAGGCCUUAGCCAAUGUGGAGCAGCAGAAACAGAGGGAUGAGGACAUGGACAGGCAGGCCCUGCUGAUGGAGCAGAGACGAGAGGAGGAGAUGCUGCUGCAGGAGGAGCGUCAGAGAGAGGAGCUGGAGAGACUCCAAGCUGUGGAGGAGCGAGCGCGGCGGCGGAAGCUGCGUGAGGAGAAGGCCUGGUUGAUAUCCCAGGGAAAGGACCUGCCCCCCGAACUGCUGCACCUGGAGCCCCACUCACCCAUCCGACGCGCCCGCAGGACGAAAGAGUUCUAUGAAAUUGAUGAUGAUUAUACGGCGUUGUACAAAGUGUUGGAGGCCCUGAGAGCCCACAAAGACGCCUGGCCCUUCUUGGAGCCUGUGGACGAGUCCUAUGCCCCAAACUAUAAUGCGGUCAUUCAGACUCCGAUGGACCUGUCCACCAUCGAGACUAAGCUGAAUGAAGGGGAGUACAUCGCCAAGGAGGAGUUUGUGUCCGACGUGAAGCUCAUGUUUGAAAACUGCAUCGAGUACAAUGGGGAAGACAGCGAGUACAGCAUCAUGGCGGAGUCCCUGGAGCGUUGUUUCAGCCGGGCGCUACUCAAGCACUUCCCGUCGGAGGACGGCGACACGGACGAGGAGUUCCACGUGAGCGGCGAGGACCGUGAGAGAGACCGCAAGGAGAAAAGGCGGAGCAAAGGCCACAGGCAGGCAGGGCCAGAGAGCUUGAUCCGAGCCACUGAGCAGGCCUCGCGCAAACGGACACAUCCAGGGGGCAAAGGCAGCACCCCCAUGGAGGAGGAGGGGAACAAGCCAGCACAGCCACCCCCUCCCCCCCACUGGGCCAGUGGACCCCCACACCUCCACGGCAUGCCCCAUGGACAAUCCCAUCCUGGGAACCUUUACCACCCAGCACAGCAGCAGCUCCAGCGCCCCCCUAUUCCCCACGGCCCACACAUGUACGGCCAGAGGAUGGCCAUGGACCCCCGCUACGCCUACCCUCACCCUGGACAGGGACACAUGCCCCGGCCUGGGGAUCCCAAUGCUCACCACAUGCCUCAGCAUUACAACAUGCAGCCACACAUGGGUGAUGGACACCACGUCGGCCCUAGAUACCAAAUGGGGCCUGAUGGCCGGCCUCUUCAGCCACUGCACCACCGGCAGCAGCACCCCUACAUGGGUCCCACCCACGGCCCCUCACUGGGCCCCCGUCCCGUGGCUCUCCAGUCUGGGGGCCUCUGCACCCCCACGCCCGACAGCAGCAUGUACUUGUCCCGCCAGCGCACCAACGGCCACCCCAUACACCCGGGAGGGAACUGCUACCCCGGGCCUGACGUUCCACCACGACACAACUACCCAUCCUUCCAUUCAGGCAUGGGCAUGCCUCCUAACAUGUGGUCAGGGAUGAACCACCAAGGCCAGGAGAGGCCCAGUGGACCUGGGAAACAAGUGCAGAAUAUGGCUAACCACCAGCAGCACCCCUAUAACCACGGGGGUCCACGUCCCAUUGGCCCCAAACCUUGGCCAGAGCAGCCUGGAGGCCCUGGAGGGUACCCCCCUCACCCAAACGGCCAGUACAGGAUGUCCACUGCCAUCACCAGCUCCUCGGGGCCCAUGGCCCUGCAGACUCCCAUGCCUCAUCAGGACUCCAGGCAGCGUCUGGCCUCCAUGCUGGAGAGCCCAGAGAUGAUUGCCCUGCAGCAGCUGUCUGCCUCCUCCACCGGACUCCCUGCUGGCUCCUCUCACGAGCACAUGGGCAACUUUCAGCAGCAGCCCCCACAGGGUGUUGGCAGCGCCCCAACUCCAGCUCACCCUUCGCAGCACCACCCAUCCCCUGAAAUUCAGCUGCUGCGUCCUGCCAGAGACAAUGGCCCGGACAGCCAGCCUGCCCAUCACGCAGAUAUGCAGCUCAAAGGGUCCACAUCAGAUCCCAAAACAUCCAACAACAACCAUGCAGGAGCGCGGGUAACUCCCGUCCCGUUUGAACAGGAGCGCCCCUCAUUCCCCAGUCCCACAGAGCCUCCCAGUCGCCCCACUCGGGGCAUGCAGAGCCCCUCUGCUCCAAACUGGGGCAGAUCACAGGAGAGGGUUAGUGGGACCGGGGAGCAGGCUGCGUCUGGGCUUGGACUCCCACAGAGCUCAGAGACAAACGGCAACCAGGAGGGGGAGAGCAAAGGACAAUCUGUCAGGCAGACUCCCCCUCAACAGAACAACCCUUCCAUUGUUCCUCCUCCGCACCCCCACAAUGGCCCCCAGAUCCCUCACCCCCACAAUGCACCUCACUCACAGAACUCUCCUCACUCCCAGAAUGCUCCACAGCAUAUUACCCAGAGCCCCCCCCAGCAAAUCCCGGAGAAUGACCCUCACCUUCAGAACGCCCAUCAAUACGAUACCCAGAAUGCACAGCAACAAAACAUCCCUCAACAUAUCACUCGGAAUGCCCAACAGCAAGGAUCCCAAAACCCCCACCAACAAAACUCUCCACAUGAGGCUCAGAAUCCCCCUCAACGUGGUCCACAGACAAUCCCCAUGCAUGAGAUGCCACAGAGUGCCCCCCAGGGGGCCCAGCCUGGCCCUGGUCCACCCCAGCCAGCACCUCUCACCUCCCUGCCCCCCAGCCACCCUGUGUCCCAGUUGCCUCCCCAGCCCAGCCCAGCAGACCAGGGCGACGAGAGGCCAAGCGAGCCCACUAGCAGGAGGGACUCUGGAGGCAGCUCUGGUAACCCCAGCAUGAUUAAGUCUGGACCACCCAAUGGCAUAUAUAAACAACAGUCGUUCAGUCCCAAGGCACAACAGACACAGCUGGGUAACCAGGGGCCAAGGGGACCGGCACCUGGUCACAACCCAGCCAUGCCGCCCCACUCCCAGGGCCAGGGGAAUGGAGCCAUGGGUCAAUAUGGCAUGGGCAGCCCAACACAUCCACACUAUGGUCAACCUAUGGGCAUGCCCCCUUCAAAUCAACAGCCUUACCCGAACCAAGCUAUGCCCCAGACCAUGAACCCCCACCAUAACAAUGCCCGCUACCCCACCUACCACCAGCAAGGAGCUGCCUAUCCAUACCACAUGGCCCAGCAGCAGCAUCCCCAGGGCCACCCUAACAUGUACCCCCAGUACCAGCAGCAACACUUUUAUUCCCAGCCCCAGGGCAACAGCCGGGGAGGCUACCCCUCCGAGGAGUGGCACAGGCAGCAGCAGUACCAGCCUCGCCACUGCAUGCCCUCCAACACCUACCUGCCUGCAGCUAGUGCCAACGUCAAUGGGCUCCUGAAGGAGGGCAGCAGUAUGGGCUCCCCCCUGGGCUCUGAGGGCUCUGGGGGCAGCCUGAUGUCCCCCAAUCCCCUGCUCGAGGGCCCCCAUGUAGGCUCUGUGGAGAGGGAGAGCAGGGAGGCCGGCAGCCCUGUGAAGCAUCAGCCUGCUCGGGUGGAGGAGAGCUCAGAGCGGCCAGAGAGCCCCAAAGAGAUCCUGGACCUGGACAGCCACAACGCUGCCACACGCCGCCAGAGUGCCCAGCCCCCACCUCACGUGGCCAACUUCCUGUACGACCCCCGAGCAGUGCAUACUGGGAUGCAGCAGGGCGGAGCCCCGCCUCCCCACAUGAUGUCUCGUGCUUCAUACCCCAGCCAGCCCGGUUACCCCAAUGGACACUACGCCCCCCAGAGACCCCACCCCCACCUCAUGGAGGCCCUGCAGCGGCCCCAGCACCUGCCCUUUCCCCUGGGGCAGACCCGCAUGGCCAUGUACAGACAUCCCCAGGCUGGAGGCCACUUCCAGGGCAUGAUGGUCCAGCAAAGAGGCCUGGCGCCCGAACACUUCCUUCACCCCAGGCAGCAGAUGAUGUCUCCCAGUGGUCCAAGCGGUAAACAGGGAGUUUGAGCAACUCUGUGGGAGCAGGGUAAAGGACAGAAGCAACAAAAACCUGUACACAAAGCAGUGCCUGCAUAUCAUCCAUCCAUGACGAUAACCCGUGUGCUUGCCUGUGCAUCUCAUGUCAUAAGCCUUUAAAUGUGACUGUGCCGUUGGAACCAUGAUGUUCUCUGCUGUGGAGCGGCUCAAAAUGGAGUCUUGUCUGUUGUCUUGUCUCUCUGUCGGUGUCACGGGGCACCAGUAAGUACUGCUCUCACUGCAUCAGACAGAAGAUAUGCAGUGUGUGCAGACAAGGGAGACAUAUUUAUUUGAGAAUCUCUUUAGGGAGUGAGUUCUUUGCCCCUCGGGGAUGUCUGUCUGCUUUAUGUGGAACCCUCACUGAGACUGCCUUUGCAGAGAUGUGGCUCUGUCUGCCAGUGGACUUCCACUUCAGACUGUGUGUACAGCUGGUUCCUUCCUGCAAGAACAUCUGGAGAUCCUGCUCCUCUGUCUGCAGCCUCACACUGGUUGAACACAGCUACUGGUCAGUGGGUUUGUCUGGAGGAAGGCUCUCCCCCUGACUGUAGCUCUCUAUGGACCUCCAGUCCUUUCGGUCCUAUCAGAACCUCUACAGAAGAGAAAAUGGAGCUGGUGAUGAGAAGAGAGCGCGGGUGUUGUUUUUUUUGUUUGUUUUCCAAACGUUUUUAAACUCAGGUGUAGAAAAGGAGGAACUUUGAGACUGUAGAGAAGCAGUCAUCAGAAUCCUGUCGACACAGGCCUUGCAGUUUCCUUUUUGUUGAAUGUAUGUGUGAAUGAUAGAUAUAUGUAGAUGUGCAGCACAGGAGCCCCGCCACGUGAAGGGACAGAAGACCAUAGAGGAUUGCCUGUAGGAAAAGGAAACCGUCCUGGAAAGGGGAGCUUUCUGUCCGGGCGCACUGUCCAUUUCCACCUCGACUAAAACACAGAUUUUUGCUUUAGUUCUGGUGUAAUUUUAUGCGUCCUUCAAAGCUGCCUUCUCGGCUAUGAGAAUGUCUUUGAUUUCAUAGACCUGCAGAGAGCCUUCUCUGCUAUGCACUAGGGAUAGUCUAUACAUACUGGAAUUUAGUGGCCUUGGAAUCUUUACGUUGGUGCUUGUUACCAUGUAUAUAUGCCAGUUAUAUAUAUAAAGUAUAACUCUUCACUGUAGUUGACCUCUUGUCUCAAACUAGAGAAUUCUGUUGGAUGGUUCUCUACACUUCCAUGUGUCCUGCUGGUUGGUAUACGCACUAAGUGAACAUUAGUUAGAAUCAACAAUUGAUGUAUGCUAAGGUCUUUUUUUAAAAUAUUAAUGUUGUCAUCUUUACAGCCCAUUUCUUUUAACCUAUGCCAUGUAUUGCAUUCCAUACAUUUGGUGAAAAAUGACACCUAAAAUGGUAGUCCCACUGUAGCUCCUUUUGUGGUGUGUUUUAUUAUUCUAUUUGUAAUGGUUAAGAUUGUAUACACAAUCGCACCCAUGCAUGAUUAUUUCUUCACAUCAGUGCUUCAUCCUCCCCAAUUCAAUGAACUAAAUAUGUCCUCAGGGUGUACAGUUUUAUACGGGUAUUUUAAUGAAUUAUUUGAAGGAGAAGAAACAAGAAAAUAUGACUGGAAUUGUGACAAAUUAAUCAACCUCGUUUUAUGUGAAGAAAUGAUAAACCAAUAUUGUUUUGCAAGGUUUUGUGUUAUUUUCGGUCCUCUUGUGACAAUGGUGGUCUUGCUCACUGCCAACCUGUUGGCUUUCUGUUUGGGGAAAAAUAAAAUGUCUAUUCCGAUUAGUACUAAUUGGAAUAAUAGUUGA